CAGAACCCGUCCGAAAUGGCUGACAAUAUCGCCUUUGUCAUAAAAUAGAGGCAAACACAUCGCAUUGAUUCUGCGAGGACUCCGCACUCUUUGUCUCCAAUCGGACGUGGACAUCCCAUGCUAUCGAUGCCUCUUUUACCCAUCAUAUAACCUCACCAGCGCCCAGAUGGCUUCUACUCAUCACAUUGAAGCUUCGCACUCUGCUAUACCCCACUUGUAGCUUACUUUCUAUCGAGCCUCCAACCGCUCUUCAGACACGCACAAUGGUUCUCGAGCGCCUCAAGCAAGUCGCAUCUCAUGUCACCGGCAACACACCGCUUCCGCAUCCCUCCGAUCCGCUCUCAGAAUCCGAGAUCGAAACUGCCGUAGCUAUUGUCCGAAGGGAGCACUCCAAUGUUGCUUUCAAUGCUAUCACGCUGUGGGAGCCGCGUAAGGCUGAGAUGCUAGCCUGGGUUGCCGACCCAGCGCAUACUACGCGGCCGCACAGAGUCGCCGAGGUGGUAGCCAUUGGUAAGGGGAGCAAGGUCUACGAUGGUCUUGUGAGUCUAGACGAGGGCAAGAUCGUCUCAUGGCAGUACACACCGGGUGUGCAGCCAUUAAUCACGAUGGAGGAUUUGCAGAUUGUCGAGAGCAUCGUGAGGAAAGACCCGAAGGUUAUUGAGCAGUGCGGACUCAUUGGCAUUGGACCGGAAGAAAUGCACAAGGUGUACUGUGAUCCAUGGACAAUCGGAUUUGAUGAGCGCUUUGGCAAUGAAGUCCGGCUGCAGCAAGCUCUUAUGUACUACCGCCCUGAUAUUGACGACAGUCAAUACAGCUUUCCGCUCGAUUUCUGUCCCAUUUUCAAUGCUGACACGCAUGAGAUUAUUCACAUUGAUGUACCCCCUGUCCGUAGGCCGAUCAACAAGGCCCCUCCAAACAAUUACCACGCCGAGGCAAUUGAGAGAGAUGGUGGAUACCGCACAGAUAUCAAGCCUAUCCAUAUCACUCAGCCAGAAGGUGUAUCGUUUACCAUGGAUGGUUGCAUAGUCAACUGGCAGAACUGGUCACUUCACAUUGGCUUCAACUACAGGGAAGGCAUCGUGUUGAACAACAUCACUUUCAACGACAAAGGCAACGUUCGACCCAUCUUCUGGCGACUUUCCUUGGCUGAGAUGGUUGUGCCAUAUGGUAAUCCCGAGCAUCCUCAUCAGCGCAAGCAUGCUUUCGAUUUAGGCGAGUACGGCGGUGGUUACAUGACCAAUAGUCUUUCGCUAGGCUGCGAUUGUAAGGGCGCAAUUCACUACAUGGAUGCAGCUUUUGUGAAUCGCGCUGGAGCCCCGACAACUAUCAAGAACGCAAUCUGCAUACAUGAGGAAGACGCCGGAAUCUUGUUCAAGCACACUGAUUUUCGCGAUGAUACGGUCACAGUAACUCGGGCUCGCAAGCUAGUCAUCAGCCAUAUUUUCACGGCAGCUAACUAUGAAUAUUGCGUGUAUUGGAUCUUCCACCAGGACGGAACUGUGCAGCUCGAGAUCAAACUCACGGGUAUCUUGAAUACAUAUGCCAUGAAUCCUGGUGAGGACACCAACGGCUGGGGCACAGAGGUGUAUCCAGGUGUCAACGCACAUAACCAUCAGCACUUGUUCUGUCUCCGUGUAGACCCCAACAUUGACGGUCCAAACAAUACUGUCUUCCAAGUCGACGCAGCUCAGGGUGCAGGCGAAGUAGGCUCAACAGGGAACAAAUACGGUAACGCCUUCUACGCAAAAAAGACAAAGUUCGAGACUGCAGAGCAGAGUCAGAGCGACUACGACGGCGAUUCUAGCCGUACAUGGGAGAUGUGCAACGAGAACAAGAUCAAUCCAUACAGUCACAAGCCCGUCAGCUACAAACUCGUCAGUAGAGAAGUGCCAAAGCUCUUACCGAAAGAGGGCGGCCUGGUGUGGAAGCGAGCCGGCUUCGCUCGCCACGCUGUCCAUGUCACACCAUACGACGAUAGCCAAAUCCACCCUGCCGGCCGUCACGUCCCACAGACCAGCGGCGAACCUUCGCAAGGCAUCCCGGCGUGGAUCUCUGCCAAUCCGUCUGCGCCUAUCGCCAACAAGGACAUUGUGCUCUGGCACACCUUCGGCAUCACGCAUUUCCCCUCACCGGAGGACUUCCCCGUCAUGCCUGCUGAGCCGAUGACGUUGUUAUUGCGACCACGGAACUUCUUCACAAAGAAUCCAGCUCUGGAUGUUCCGCCGAGUUAUUGCAGUGUGCCAAGUGGGAAGAAGCAGAGGUUUCCGGGGGCUAUGGCGGGGGUGGGUGAAAGCAAGGCGGCGAAUCCGAAGAAAGGGUGUGGGUGUUAGGGCAGGCUGUGAGUAGGAUGGAGGAACUUUAUUCGAUCGAGAGGGUCCAUACUUCUGCAAGAUUCAUGCUUAUAUUCAAUCCGAGGCUGAGUGAGACUCCAUUUAGACCCGAGCUUCACCAGAUGCGCGCUCUACACAAGGCUGACAAUCUAAAUAUUGUAAAUUUCCACUGCUGUUGUUGGUUCCUACAUGAGUCUGAACGGACAAGGUUAAUCCAUGGAUA